CCACCACCACCAUGCCUGAACACGAAGACGAUCUCACUGCCACCAAGACCGAGGGCUUCAAGGUCGGCGAGAAGAAGACCAUCAACGAGUAUGCUGAGCUUGAUAAGGAUGACGAGGCCUUGAAUCGGUGGAAGGCCUCGCUCGGCCUCAACUCCGGCACCCCGAUUGGCGACCCCAGCGAUCCCCGCAAGUGCAUCAUCAAGUCCCUGGCCCUGGAGGUCGAGGGCCGCUCCGACGUGGUGAUCGACCUUUCCGCCCCCGGCGCGCUGGAGGGGCUCAAGGACCAGCCUUUCAAGAUCAAGGAGGGCUCCACCUUCCACAUCAAGGUCGUCUUCCAAGUGCACCACGAGGUGCUCAGCGGUCUCAAGUACCUGCAGGUCGUCAAGCGCAAGGGUGUCCGGGUCAGCAAGGAUGAGGAGAUGCUGGGAAGCUACGCCCCCAACACCACCGACAAGCAGGUCUACGAGAAGAAGUUCGCCGCCGAAGAAGCCCCCUCGGGAAUGCUGUACCGUGGCCACUACAACGCCAUCUCCAAGUUCAUCGACGACGACGACCACACUCACCUCCAGUUCGAGUGGUCAUUUGACAUUGCCAAGGACUGGUAGAUCAUCUUCGUUCUUGUUUUCUUCUCCCUUGUCUGUGUUCUCUUUUCCUAUGAACCUACGAUCAAAGAUCCACCCCCAUCUUUUUUUUUGUCCCAUGGGGCCAGCAUAACUAUUUCUUGCCAGUAUUUACAAGCGUUGGGACGCAUUUGUUCACACACAUCAUCUGAGUGAAAUCUAUUCGAUUUUCCAUAUAUAUAUUCUACUUUUC